AUGAUUUCGAUGAUUUUGAGCAGCCUUGCCCGUCAAGCAGCUGGCUUUCAAGCGACGAAAACAGUUGCUUCUGCUUUAUCCAAGCAGACCACUGGUCUUCACAGUAUUGGUGUUCAAAGAAGCCUUCCAUACCGCAGAAGUGUCUCUUUGUUCAGUACGGCGGCAGACUUGUCACCAGAGAAGAAGUUGGAACUGGAGUCUCAGAUUAAGGCAAAGGGUGACGAAAUUCGUGUCCUUAAAGAAGGAGGAGCUGACAAGGCGGCCGUUGCACCAUUGGUGGAAGAACUGCUUGCGUUGAAGGGACAACUGGAUCCCUCAAUCCUGAAGCCCAAAAAGAAGCAAAAGCAACAACAACAACAACAACAGCCAAAAAAGCAAAAUCAACAACAAAAGCAACAACAACAAGAUGAUGCCGAAUCGGAUUUCAUCACCGCUCGUGAAGUAGACUACUCCAAAUGGUACAACGAUGUGAUUAGAGUAACUGGCCUUGCUGAAAAUUCUCCUGUCCGCGGUUGUAUGGUGAUCAAGCCUUGGGGUAUGUCGCUUUGGGACAAGGUUCGGACCGAACUCGACGCAAAGAUUCAAGAACAUGGUGCCGAAAAUGCCUACUUUCCAUUGCUUAUUCCCAAAUCUUUCCUCUCCAAGGAAGCUGAACACGUGGAUGGCUUUGCCAAGGAGUGUGCUGUUGUCACACACCAUCGUCUCACUGCCGGCAAGGAUGGCUUGAUUGCCGAUCCAGAAGCUGAGCUUGAGGAUCCUCUCAUCAUUCGACCCACUUCUGAAACCAUGAUCUGGUACAUGUUCCGAAAGUGGAUCAACAGUCACAGAGACUUGCCAUUGAAGGUGAACCAAUGGGCUAAUGUGAUGCGGUGGGAAAUGAGAACUCGCCCAUUCCUACGAACCGCGGAAUUCCUUUGGCAGGAAGGCCACACUGCCCAUGCUACAAGCGAAGGAGCCUUGGACGAUGCUAGAACCAUGAUGGAAACCUAUGCCACUCUUUGUGAAGAGCUUCUCGCCAUGCCCGUUGUCAGGGGUGUCAAGAGUCCUUCCGAACGAUUUGCUGGAGCCGAAGAAACCUUUACUAUUGAGGCACUUAUGCAAAACGGCUGGGCUCUUCAAAGUGGUACAUCGCAUUUCCUUGGACAGUCGUUUGGUAAGGCCUUUGAUGUCCGAUUCCAGGACGCGGAUGGCCAGGAAAAGGAUGUUUGGGGUACCUCUUGGGGUGUUUCAACUCGUUUGAUUGGUGCUUUGAUUAUGACCCACUCCGAUGACAAUGGUCUUGUGCUUCCUCCACCAGUUGCUCCCGUCCAAGUCGUGAUUGUCCCUAUUCCCCCCAAGAAGAAUGACGAAGAAGGAAAGAUUGCUAUGGACAAGGCUUUGGACGAUAUGGUUGACUCACUCAAGGCCCAAGGCAUCCGAGUCAAGGUCGAUGAUCGUGACUAUGUCCGCAAUGGAGCCAAGUACUUUGAAUGGGAACGCAAGGGUGUUCCACUGCGCAUUGAGUUGGGGCCUCGUGACUUGAAGAACAAUGUUUGCAUUUUCAAGUACCGGGCUGGAGAGGGAUCCGAUGAGAAAUUGACUGUUGAUCUGGAAUUUGCCGCCAGUACUGCUACCGAAGGCUUGGCUUCGAUGCACAAAGGUUUGUUGGAAGCUGCCAAGGCCCGACUUGAUGCCGGUAUCACUGAAGACGUCCAAUACGAGGAGAUGAAGACGGCUCUUGAGAACGACGAAGCUUCAUCUUAUAAUGGGAGUGGGUUGUACUUGGUUCCAUGGAAGUGCAAUGCUGAGAAUGAAGACAAAAUUAGUGCAGAGUGCAAGGCAACAAUAAGAUGCUACCCACUUGAUGCCAACGAAGCCAAGCUCUACGAAGGCAAGAAAUGCUUCUACAGUGGUGAAGAUGCCACACACAUGGCUCUAUUUGGACGGGCCUUUUAG